AUGUCUUUAGGCAGCAUGCAUCAUAUGACUUGUAGAGAUAACUCACAGUUUGGACUACUAAAGGAAUUUUCACGUUCAGUUUUCCAAGAUACCUCUCCGCAUUCUCUCCAAAAAGCUCCUUCAAGUCAUUUGUCCAUGCAGGCUUAUUGGAAUGAAGUCAGCGAACCAAGCAAAAUGGAAACAUCAUUUUUGAGUCCACACACAAGUAGUGAUUACUCGAAUAAGUCAAAAAACAUAUUCUCCUCGGGAAAGCAGCAGUGGAACACCAUACCCAGCACUGACUUCAACCAUGCACACAGCCCAAACAAUGGUUCGGAUGGUAAAGAAAGUACACAAACGGAAAAACCCUGUGCCACAUGUACAAAUUCCUCUGCUCUAACGCACGCACAAAUUCUAAUGAACGGUUACAACAGACGUUCGCAGAUUUCAGUAAGUCAAAGACAAGAAAGUAUCGAGUCAACAGAGCUGGGCGGACAAGUUUGCGAUGGACCUUUUGACCCAUUGAGAUCAGAAAAUUCCUACCAUCUACCUACGACCACUACAACAUACAACCAGGGUACACACUGCGAUGGGAGGGAGUCCAAAGAGAGUGCACUUUUAAGAUUACCAAAUUAUGGAGAUUCCACACCACUAUGGCCUGUGCCAGAGCUGAACAAACUGGCUUCCAGUCAAGCAGCAAUGCACGGACAUAUUACUCAAAGGAGGACCAAUGGAUAUGCCGGUUAUUGUUACAGUCCUGUCAGCGAAGCAUUGGGAAGAAGCAGCUGGAAAACACCAGGUUCCGGACAAAUUCAGCUCUGGCAGUUUCUCCUCGAACUGUUAUCGGACCAUCAGAACAUAGCGUGUAUCACAUGGGAGGGGACAAACGGUGAAUUCAAACUUGUCGACCCGGAUGAGGUUGCGCGCAGGUGGGGAGAAAGAAAGGCCAAACCGAAUAUGAAUUAUGACAAGCUGAGUCGUGCUCUGCGUUACUACUACGACAAAAAUAUCAUGACCAAGGUACAUGGGAAAAGAUACGCUUAUAAAUUUGACUUCAUGGGGCUCGCACAAGCAGUACAUUCAUCAAACUCAAAUAGUUUGUGCGCAGAUUCUGAUUCAAAUCUGCCGAUUGAUUACCGGGCUACCAGGAUGAAUUUUUCUCCACCAGGAUCACCUCUCCCACGCGAGGGUGAUACUAUCAAAUUUACACCCCCUGUGAAUCGCCUCAGUGAACCAGCCAACAGGCUACAUUUCGCUUUCAAUCCUGCAUAUUCUACAAAAAAUUAUCGCCGCUUACACUCACCCAGUUCGUCGAAUUCUCCGGAACCAGUCUACACCACAAGAGAAGUCAAUCCUUGUUUGGAAACGAACGUCAAUACGAUACCUCAUCCCUCUGUUAUACAUACAUCAUCCCCAGCCUCAGUAUCAUUUGGGCGGCCACAUUCUCCCAAUCCUCAGUGUUUUGUUAACGGCGGUCACGAUGACCCCUACGAAAAGGUUCUACCAAACACACUUACACCAACCGAGCAAUGUUGUUCAGUUUAUUCGACGUUAUUCCACGCGGGUGUUGCAAACCAUCCUGAAGUUCAUAUGCCCCUAACAACAAACGCAAAACCGGGGGAAAUGGUCGAAUUCCGGAGGUCUUUCGAACAGCACAACACAAAUAACAUCCGCUCACUCCAUGAUGACGAGAAACAGCGCCGACCGGAACAAAACCCAGAAGUCCAUUCUGUCCAAUCUGCCAACAAUCUCUCGACUUCACACUGCCCCGCUUCGAUCAACUCCUCAUUCUCUCGGCCCCGAUGGACAAACGAAAAGUCACCGUAUAUCAUAAAUUCACCGAAUGCACUGCCUUCCUGGAACACCCCUACACAUAGGCUUACCCUUUCGGAUAGCCCAUUUCACAGUGAUUUGCAAGAAAAUCAAUUUUGGAGGCACACCUCUCCAGUACAUAAUAUUGCAUUACCUUAG